CACUCAGACGCUCAAGUCAGAGCCGCUCCGGCAAAAACAGUGCGCACCGAGCAACUCAUCCUCGCCGAGUUGGAGGGCCACACUUGGAGCAGAGAAAGACAAGACGUCAAUCGGGGAAACAAAAAGGCAAGAUGUCGACCUACGUGUACUCUGAAUGCCACCGCGUCAGCCCCUCUGUCCACGGCAACAAGUUUGACACGGCGCACCGUAAGAAGGCCGUGGCCAACAUUUUCGAGACCGUUAACCAGGACUCGCUGAUGAGACUGUUCCAGAAAACGGGCGACAUGAAGGCGGAGGAGAGAGUGAGGAGCAUCUUCUCCUACACCCAGGACCCCGACGAGACUUCCCGGGCCCUGAUGGCUCUGAAGCAACGAAAGAAGGACAAGUUCCUCCAGAUCGCGGGCAUGGUCCGGCAGCUGCUCAAAAUACGUUGACUCUCUGUGUCUCUGUCGGCUCAUGUGUGAGCCGAAUGUGAAAACACUCCCAACGUGACUGGGUCACCGCCGCAAGUGCGGCUCGCCUGGCGCUUGGAAAGGAGCGUCAGGUGCGGAGGAGAAUGUGCAGCCGGCCGCCUGGAGGGCAUCACGCAGCAGCUGUCGCCUCAUGGACGGAGGUGACAGUGGAGAGUCCUGCCCGGAGCGGAUGGAGCAAGAUGAACUGACUGGGAAUAUGAAGGGCAAACACGUCUUCCCUGAGACUUGAAUUCAUUAUUGCAUUCCUGUGGAUGCAUGACUGUGAAGCAGCACCUUGGACUGGUGCAUAUCACUGUGUUGAUAGUGGUGCACAGCUGCAAUAUGAGACUUUAUAGUGCCGAAGAACCUGCCUACAUGAAUGCCUGUCCUGAACACAUGCCUAUAAUUGUCUCAGCUUCAUUAGUGGCCAAUGUGUUAUUGUCACAAAAUGUUAUAGCACAAUGAUUUUCAUUUAUGUGUCCCUUUGUCUGUCAUUUUUAAUAAAUUAUUUAAUUGUGUACAAAAGUUAAA